AUGCUCCUUCCCCUGAUCCUCCCUCUUACUCUUCAAGCCUUGCCCGUGCUUGCCGGGUUCAACUGGGACAUCAUCCACCACGGUGUGGUCCCAUCUUUCCAAUGGACGCGCCCCUUCCCUAGCGAUGGUACAGAUCCGGGCGGAUUGACGGUCAAUUGCCGACACUCCGCCACCUUCAACGCCAAAAUGUACAAGCUCAAAGAUCUGUCUGCACUACCACCAACGGGCCUCGCGCCCUGGAAACGGGGCAUUGAAGCAUUUCUGCGUGAGCGGGACUAUGUGGGCAGUUGGGAUGGAGUAGACCACAAGGGACAGGAUAGGGAGAUCGUCGUCAUGGAGUGGGCGGAUGUUCCAUUGGGUGUAAGGAUGUGGAUCGAGGAACAACAGAGAGAUCAAAGCGAGGCGAAUGAUAACAAGUGGUUGUUUCGGGUGUUUGAGAAGCCGAAGGAGGAAAGUGAGAUAAUUUCUAAAACAGUGAAGCCUAAUGAACCCGGCGCGCCACAGCAGAGCGGGAGAGGGGAGAAGGAGGUCGAGGUAGCGGAUGAUGAUAAGAUUGUGGUGUUUCCCGCUGGGGCUAUCUAUGAGAACUUGCCCUUGUGGGUGGCGAAAGGGAGUAAGUGCGAGGGCGACUUCAAUAAUUUGGCCAAAUACAAGUCCAGGGCUAUCGAGCAUUCGGUUCUUGCCUGGCCGGUCGACCAUACCAAACCGCAGCGCGACAUUGGCCAACGGGACAUCACGUUCACGAUCGAAGCAAUGUCAGUGACAGAGACGGAAGCCGGCCGAUACUCGCGGCUGAUGUGGGAGAAGAUGCACCGAACCAUAAGACGGCAUGAACGGAAGCAAACACGGGAGGAACGGCAAAGGGCGAGAAAGGAAAUAAGUGAGGGCUGGGUGAAGGAUGAGUUGUAA